AUGAAGGAUUUGGGGACAGAGGACUUGGCAGGCCGUGAAGGGGUCCAGCUCUUUGGAUUGUUAAACCUCUACUUAGAACAAGAACAGAGAUUUCAACCUCGAGAAAAAGGGCUGAGCUUGAUCGAAGCUACACCAGAGAAUGACAACACUUUGUGUCCAAGAUUGAGAAAUGCCAAAGUAGAAGAUUUAAGGAGUUUAACAAAUUUUUUUGGGUCUUGCACUGAAACCUUUGUCCUGGCUGUCAAUAUUUUGGACAGAUUCUUGGCUCUUAUGAAGGUGAAGCCUAAACAUUUGUCUUGUAUUGGAGUAUGUUGUUUUUUACUGGCUGCUAGAAUAGUUGAAGAAGAAUGCAAUAUUCCAUCCACUCAUGAUGUAAUCCGGAUUAGUCAAUGUAAAUGUACUGCCUCUGACAUAAAACGGAUGGAAAAAAUAAUUUCUGAAAAAUUGCACUAUGAUUUGGAAGCUACUACUGCCUUAAACUUUUUGCACUUAUACCACACUAUUGUAUUUUGUCAUCCUUCAGAAAGAAAAGAAAUACCAAGUCUUGAUAAGCUAGAAGCUCAACUGAAAGCUUGCAACUGCCGACUUGUGUUUUCUAAAGCAAAACCAUCUGUAUUAGCUUUGUGCCUUCUCAAUCUGGAAGUGGAAACAUUGAAGUCCAUUGAAUUAUUAGAAAUACUCCUACUUGUUAAAAAACAUUCCAAGGUUAAUGACGCCGAGUUCUUUUACUGGAAGGAGUUGGUUUCUAAAUGCUUAGUUGAAUAUUCUUCUCCUGAAUGUUGCAAACCGGAUCACAAGAAACUGGUUUGGAUAGUUUCAAGGCGCACAGCCCAGAACCUCCAUAACAGCUACUAUAGUGUUCCUGAGUUGCCAACAAUACCAGAAGGGGGUUGUUUUGAUGAAAGUGAAAGUGAGGACUCCUGUGAAGACAUGAGUUGUGGAGAAGAGAGUCUGAGCAGCUCUCCGUCCAGUGAUCAAGACUGCACCUUCUUUUUCAACUUCAAAGUGGCGCAGGCACUGUGCUUUCCAUCUUAGAAGUCUUACUUGUGUGUCAGAAUUCAAAGUAUUUAUACAGGUUUCAAAGCAAUAAAUGGGGGAGUAGGUCAUUUUCUGGUCCAGCCCCCAUCUAGUCAGGAAUUGCAUAGACUAGAACACCUACCUUCUAUUUAUUAUUCUUCAGAUCAGAUCUGUCCUAUUUUCAUAUUUAAUCCUAAACCAUCAAGUGGAUUAGUGCCUCUUAAAAAUGGAAAAUAUUGAAACAUUGGCACUUUAUUUUCCUGUUGAUCUUUAGCUACUUGGGGGUGGAGGGAAAGGGCGGUUACCUUCAAUUUACUACUUUUCAUGAAGAUUUUUAAAGAUGCAUAAUGUAGGUUAUCUUGAACUUUUUAUAAAGCCUUCAGGUAUCUUUAUUUAAACAGAUUGGGAGUGUGCAAAUGCUUCCUUAGCAGGGACAAUGGAUAAUCCUUUAAGGUUUAUCUUAGAUCUUUCCCCAGCCCCAUUUUCGGAACAGAGAAUAUGCUCAUAACAGAUGUCAAACACCUUUUUGUUGGUUUGCUUUUUAAAUUAUCAGUGUACUAAUCUGUUGCAGAUCAUAUGAAUUUAGAAAUGAUAGUAUCUACAUUUCUGUGAAUUUUAGUAUAUAAUGCCUUCAUUGAGGUUUCUGCUAAAGCAGAAUCAUUGACAGGCUCUUAGAUAUUUGCAUUCCUAAUGCUUUAGUAUUGUCAGACUAUAGUAUUAUUUUGAUGUCUUAUUAAAACAAUCCAUAAUCUGCUAGUUUUGCAUGCGCCUGUACAAAAGCAGUACGGGAGGUGGAACAGAACUAGGUAACUAUGGCAUUGAUAAAUGUUGUAGAAUAUCUUAUCUGAUUUUCUUGUAUUAAAAGAAUGUCUGCAUGAUUGCAUUUUACUUCUUUUUGU